GUUGCUGACGUGUUACGGAAGUAGUCGUGUGUUGCCUUUAGCCGCUAGCUUUAGCCCUUUAUAACAUCACAAGCCUUUCAAGCCAGAAUGAAAUAAAACAAUAUUGUCGCUUCUGUUCUUCAUCAAGUGACUACAGGGGAUAAAGUGAACCAGCACAGGUGCACUUGAAUGCGGCGUGAAGCUUGCAUGAAGAACGAUAAGCUGCAAGACAACAAUGGGCAAACGGAAGGUGCCAGAUCUCUACAGAGCCCCCUUUCCCCUCUACGCCGUUAAAGUUGACCCUAAAACAGGAUUGGUGAUCUUAGCAGGAGGAGGAGGGGCUUCCAAGACCGGCAUAAAGAAUGCUGUGCACUUCCUGGAUCUCCAGUUGGUUGGACAAAACCAGUACAGUGCCAGCCUGCUUCACUCACAUGACACGGACACGCGUGCCACCAUGAAUUUGGCCAUAGGCGACGGUGUGAUUGCUGCCGGUCAGGACGGAAGCUGCUCUUUGAUGACAUUUGAGGACCGCACACGGACAACCGGAACCAACGGCGAUGCUAAUGAUGAGAACAACGUGCAUCAAGGCACCGCCAGGCAACGAGCUGGCAGAAAAGGCAAAGGUGGUCCAGAUGAUGCUUGUGUCUCAGGAGACAGGUCGCAUAUGAAGGAUGAGACGGCACAUAUCGCUGUGACAGAAAUGGCUGAACUAGAGUCAGAUGUGAACCCUCAGGAUCCGCUCCAAAAGGUGGUGAGAUUCAGUCCUGACCUGAGCCUACUCCUCACUGGAGGCACAGAUGGACACGUCAGAGUCUGGGAGUUUCCAUCCCUGAAGAAAAAACACGACUUCCAAGCCCAUAAAGGAGAAAUUGAAGACUUGGACCUGAGCAGAGACAACAAGCACCUGGUGACUGUUGGCAGGGACUUUUCUUGCAGCGUGUGGAGCAACAACCAACUAGUGACGGCUCUUAAAUGGCAUGAAACAACAUCUCACAUAGCUGAGAAGACGUAUCGGUAUAUGGCUUGCAGGUUUGGAAAGGUGGAAGACCACAAAGAUGCACUCAGGCUUUACACGGUUCAGAUCCCCCACAAACGGGACAGAAAACCUCCGCCUUGCUACCUCACCAAGUGGGACGGCAAGAACUUCCUGCCCAUGCUCACCGCUCCGUGUGGGGCAGAGGUCGUCUCCAGCCUGGCUGUCAGUGACUCUGGAACGUUUCUUGGACUUGGAACUGUGACAGGAUCAGUUGCAAUAUACAUUGCAUUCUCCCUUCAGAGAUUGUACUAUGUGCAGGAGUCCCACGGCAUUGUUGUGACAGACCUGGCGUUCCUGCCCGACACGCUCAAAGGCCAAAAUGUGAAAGGAAACAAGGAAACGGCCAUGUUCAGUGUUGCCGUGGACAGCCGCUGUCAGCUCCAUGCGGUUGCUUACCGAAGAAUGUUUCCCAUCUGGCUGGUGUUGGUCUUCUGUGGCCUGCUGGUGCUGGGAAUCGUCCUGAUGCACUACUUCUUCCCAGGAUUGUUUUAAGUCUCGUUCAUAGCGUUAUCAAAUGUUUUUACCAAGGAGCUUGGAUCGGUCCUUAGCAGACACUUUUAUGGUGUCCCCCAAAUGUUUCCAGACUCGGAAUCGUGGAACCACAUAGACUCAAAGUGGGAUUUAAUCAUAAUAAUAAUAAUUUUAUAGACACAAGUAAAACCAACGCACACAUGAAAUAAUCAUGAUCAGUUAUAGAAAGUAAGAUGUCCUGAAUAAAUGGGUUUUGGGCAGAGCUGCAAAUAACCAUUUAAUAACCGAUAAUCUGUUGAUUAUUGUAUUGAUUAAUCGGAUUAAAAAAACCCAUUUUCAAUUCCCGCCUCUUUAUUCCCAAAUAAAAUAUAUGAAGUGCACAAACACGAGGUUGCCGCUUGGAUAUUCUGUUAAAAUAAUGAUAAAUAAUAAAUGGCACGGUGGGCGAGUGGUUAGGGUGCAGACCUCACAGCUAGGAGACCAGGGUUCAAUGCCACCCUGGGCCAUCUCUGUGUGGAGUUUGCAUGUUCUCCCCGUGCAUGCGUGGGUUUUCUCCGGGUACUCCGGUUUCCUCCCACAUUCCAAAAACAUGCUAGGUUAAUUAGCCACUCCAAAUUGUCCAUAGGUAUGAAUGUGAGUGUGAAUGGUUGUUUGUCUAUAUGUGCCCUGUGAUUGGCUGGCCACCAGUCCAGGGUGGACCCCACCUCUCACCCCAAGACAGCUGGGAUAGGCUCCACCACCCCCGUGACCCUCGUGAGGAAAAAGCGGUAGAAAAUGAAUGAAUGAAAUGUAAAUGUUUGUUAAAUAGCUUCAGUAAAACAAAUAAUAAUAAUAAUAAUAAUAAUGAUAUUUUUUUAGUCAGUGAGACUGAACCUUGUUUAACUUUUUUAAGUUAUGGGUUUUUAGCUACGAGCCAUGAAAGUUUGAAAUGUAUUUCAGUAACAUUGACUAUACAUGUGGACCUAUUAUGCUCAUUUUUCGGCCCUUUGUAUUGAGUUGUAGACUCCUAUAGAGCAGCUCCACACAAUAACCCACACUGAAAACUUUCCAGAAUCUGCACCUAUUCCAGCUGUAUUUCCUCGGAUGGGCUGUUUGAAUUGAUUGCAUCCUUAUUCCGCCUCCAGGCACGCCGUGAUUGGUCACUCCCUAGCGCGUCUGUGUCGUGCAGAUAGCUACAGAACCCAACUUUAUAGGAGUUGAUAAGAAAUGGCGAUAUCUAUAUAAACUCUGGUAGAGCCACUGAUUGUGGUGGGAAAUGGCUAUUAGCAACCCCGCUCCCUGUAUGCACACUCUAUAUUGCUACACAGACAAGUGCUUUUGCUUACAGUUAGGACACUGAUAAAUCGUUACUUAGUAUUGUUACUCUUCUGAAUCUUCCACACGGCCAAGUAAUGUUGGAAAGGCGUCGGGCUUCAGCAACAGUUUUUGGGCUAGUCCAGCUGCAUACUAGCCCAUGUUCACAAAACAGUCCAGUGUGAAAUAAACAAAUAAACAUCCAUGUUUUGCUGCUAGGUCAUCAAGAACUCCAACCACUUGGAAACAAAUGGCGCUUAAACGCAAAGAAACACUUCCUGGGGGACAUUGCUAACAACGUAAAGAGAAUCAAAGCUUGGGGGG